GAAGGCAGCCAAGCGGCGCGGCGGCUUCCGCUCCUCCGCGUCGGGGAGGGCUCCGGCCGACCGCGAUGCUGAAGGCCAAGAUCCUGUUCGUGGGGCCCUGCGAGAGUGGAAAAACCGUUUUGGCCAACUUCCUGACAGAAUCUUCUGACAUCACCGAAUACAAUCCAACCCAGGGAGUAAGGAUCCUGGAAUUUGAGAACCCGCACGUCACCAGCGACGACAAAGGCACGGCAUGUGAAUUUGAGCUGUGGGAUUGUGGUGGUGACCCCAAGUUCGAGUCUUGCUGGCCAGCCCUGAUGAAGGAUUCCCACGGGGUGGUGAUCGUCUUCAAUGCCGACACCCCAAGCCACCUGAAGGAAAUCGACAUGUGGUAUUCCUGCUUCGUCCAGCAGCAGCUCCUACAGGACACUCAGUGUCUGUUGAUCGCACACCACAAACCAGGCUCCGGAAGUGAUAAAGGAAACCUGUCUUUGUCACCCCCCUUGAACAAGCUGAAGCUGGUGCACUCGAACCUGGAGGAUGACCCUGAAGAGAUCAGGGUGGAGUUCAUAAAGUAUUUAAAGAGCAUAGUCAAUUCAGUGUCUGAAAGCAGAGACCGGGAGGAGAUGUCGAUUAUCACGUGACCAGCCUUCAUCCGGACUCUUCCGCGUUGCAGAUGGAGUCAGCUCAUUUCCCAGUGCACAUCUAGAAUCUCGUCCAGCUAUUGAUGUGUCCUCCCCGUGGCCGUAGAAGAGCUUUUCCUUGUCUGCUCUAAGGUACCAGUCUACCAGGGAGUUGACUCCUACCGUUCGUUCUCCAUCCUUCGUUCAGUUGAGAAAAUCCUAUUGUCGAAUUCUGAUUCCUUUGCCCCGGAUCUCUCCAAGAGCUGGAAAGCUGAGGUGUUUUUCUUUCCUCUUCCUAGACAUCAAGAGGAAUUAUAACUGUCCGAGCCAAACGAUACAAUAGUAGUUUCAUUCGUGUGUGUUGGUUUGAAUGGGAUUUUCAUUCCUUAAUUCACUCAACAAAUGACGACUUGUCAUGUUACACUGUUCUAGCCGCCGACCAUGUACAGCAUGGACAAAACAUAAAAAUCUCCACCCUCGUGGAACUGCCAUUCUGUUCCUCUAGAUAGUGGCGAGGUUGAGUUCAGAAAUUAAGUACUGCACCUUAGAUAUGGGGAAAAGUUACGGAUUCUGGAUUUUCUGUAAUUGGUCUAAAGCCCACGCUCCCAUCCUCCUAGAUAAUGGGGAGACCUGGACCACACUUGAGGCCAGAGAAAGGUACAGUUGAUCCUCAUUCAUGGGUUCUGCAUUUGCAGAUCGCCUACUGGCUGAAACGUAGUUGUAACCCGCAGACCAACAACUCAACUUUCACCAUUAUUCAGAGUGGCAAAAAAUCUGAACCCCAGACACGCGCAUUUCCAGCGGAGGCUGAUCAAGGCCACACUCUGCCUUCUUGUUUCAGCUGUCCUACUAAACGGGUGUCCCUGUCACAGCCUGUUUAGCACCACAUUUUCACAUUUGUGUGCUUUUCGUGAGUGGUUUCGCUGUUUAAAAUGACCCCCGGACGUGGUGCUGAAGCACUGGCUGGUGUUCCUAAGCGCAGAAAGGCUGCGAUGUGCCUUACAGACGAAACAAGUACUUUAGAUGAGCCUCAUUCCAGCAUGAGUUACAGCGCUGUCGGCUGUAAGUUCAGUGAAUCAACAACACAUAUUAAAUAAGGUGUCUUUAAACAGAAGCGUCCAGGGGCGCCUGGGCGGCGCAGUCAGUUGAGCGCCCGACUCUUGAUUUCCGUUCAGGUCACGAUUGCGGAGUGGUGGGAUCAAGCCCCACAUCGGGCUCCAGACUGAGCACAGAGCCUGGAUGAGAUUCUCUCUGUCCCUCCGCCCCCUCCCCUGCUCACAUGCUCUCACACUCUCUUUCUCUCUGAAAUAAAAAAUAAUAGGGGCGCCUGGGUGGCUCAGUCAGCUAAGCGGCUGACGUCAGCUGAGGUCAUGAUCUCAUCGCUCGUGAGUUCGAGCCCCGCAUCGGGCUGUCUGCCGUCAGCGGGGAGCCCGCCUCGGUUCCUGUCUCCCUCUCUACCCCUCCACAGCUUGUGCUUUUCUGUUUCAAAAAAUAACAUCAAAAAAUAUUUUGAAUAAAAAAUAAAAAGAAAUGUAAACAGAAGCAUCCAUAAAACAAGGUUACGUGUUGAUGGCUGAUGAAAGUGUGGUCAGAGGUGCACAGGAACACAACCCUGUAUUUACCCAGAAGCGAUGGUUCGGUAUUCCCUAAUCCAGUGUGCAUGGCGAGUUUACAGAAUGUAAGGGCCGUGGAGAAUGAGAAUCAACUGUUUUUUUUAGAUCACAAGACAUAGAAAAACAGUUGAUUCUAAGUUUCCAGGUUAGUUCAGACUCUGGGAUAAAUAUUUAAUCAAUUCAAGGUUCUAGUCCAUUUCCUUGCAGUGUCAGGGUGUCCGGACAGUGUUUGUGCUACUAUUGGGGCGCGUCCUCUGGUUGCCUUCCUGACCUCUGUCAGCAUGUCACUGGCCACCCUACUGGCCGUCUCCUGUCAAGUGCAUGACUGGCAUGGCCCACGGAACAUACCUCUCUGUAUCUGACUCGAGCCUCCCUCUGCCGCUUCGUUAUAAGGACACUUAUAAUUGCAUGAAGUGCCCACCUAAAGAUCCCUCACUUAAUCACGUCUGCGAAGAUGUCAUGAAAUAGCAUGUGUCCCAGGGACUGGGACCCGAGAUCUUCGGGGGCCAUAAUUCAGCCCGCCCCGGAUGCUGCCCGCUGCGGCAUUAACGGAAGAGGAGCAGGCUUGUGGGGAGUAAGGGGAGAUGACAAAUGACCGGUCCGAGGUGACCCAGCAAGUUAGGGACAGGGACAGAGCUGGACCCCACCCACGCCCCUGCUCUCUCCCCUGUCCCGUGGUAACGGGACAGAUGAGUCCGCCAGCGAACGAGGGAGAGAAUGUCACCCCCGAGACAACCUAGUGAAGCCACAAGCACAGCGCUCCAGGGCAAAUAACCGUUCUUGAAGCCCAGGCACCCAGGAAGUGGCUUGCAAGUAUGUCGCAGAGAGAACGUAGCCUUAGAUUUCCUUACACCAGUCAACGAUGGGAUAGUACUGAAGCUGUAGCUUGCAAAGAAGGCUAUGCGUGAGUCACUCCUGUCACACCCUGAGUGUCCACGUCUGGAAAUCGCUCAGGGAAGCUGCUGGAGAUCAGUAUACUUUUUGUGGAACAGCAGAAGACCCUUGUAUCCAGAGGGUAGGCGAAAUUGUUAGAACAAAGAGUAGAGAUUUGCUGGUAACCGAAGACGUACAAGAGUUUAAAAAAAAAAAAAGAUACCCAUUAAAAAAGUAUCUGUUUGUACCACUUAAGAAAAUUAUGCUGAACUAUGUCUUCUAGGUCUUGACUUUAGCCUUCCCCACCUGAUGGUUGGUACUAUCUUGGCCUUGGCUGAUACUUUCUCAACAGAUGUAUUCUUUCCUCAAGCAACAAAUGAAGGAUCCUGUUUUAAAAACCAAAUCCAAAGGAAUUAAAUUAGCGAGGAGGGAGGAAGCUCCUCUGCUUUUGAAACGGUAACAGAUUACAUGUUUUUGAUGUGACUUCGAAACUGCUUUAUCAGUUAAAUAAUUCUCUACAUUUAUGAUACUGGCCAUUCUUCCUACCAAAGUUAAAAGCCAAUGGAAAUGUUGUGUCUGCCAAGUAUUCCCACUUCAAAAGGAAAGUUCUCAGUGCUUUGAUGUGAGCAACACCUCAUCUGUCUUCCUGCACUCUACGGUUCAUUCGUAUCUAGGCCUCCUGAUAGCUUUAAAAAGUAUGCCUCCUUCCUCUAAAGCCUCAGUGCAGAUUUACCUCACACUUAAGCAGGUCUUUGGAUGGGAGCAUAAUUUUAGUUUUCGGACGUUCAAAGUGCUAUGUAAAAUAAAAAUAACUCACCUGUGUUGCAUUUUGUCUAA